AUGCCUUCGCGCGCGCGCGUCGCGGGCGAGGUCGACGUCGUGGACGCGGACGAUUGGAUCGUCGUCGCGGACGAUCGCUCGAUCGCGCGCGGGUGGGGGGCGGCGCUGUUUGAAAAGCAACGACACGGCGCGUCGAGCGAAAGUUCGCAUCAUCGGCGACUCGAUCGCGCGUUGGUUCGCCGUGGAUUGGCGAAGACGUCGGGAGAGGCGAAGAAGAUGAUAACGGAGGGGAGAGUGCUCGUGAGUGGCGUCAUGGCGACGCGCGUGGAGCAGAGGGUGGCGUUGGAGGAUGUUAGCGUGGAGCGCGGGACGGCGUGA